CGGGAGCGAGCGGCGGCGCCGGAAGGAAGGCCCACGCUGGAGGCGGCCCGGCAAGAUGGCGGCCGCCAAGAGAAAACGGCGUGGAGACCUGGCGGUUCCAGCAAAGAAGCCAAAAAGGAACGAAAAAGGUAACAGACCGACAGCUAAGCAGCGGGACAAAGCAGAGGAUGCAGAGGAAGAAGACAGAAACCGCAUCCCAGGCCCGGUUUGCAAGGGCAGGUGGAAAAAUAAGGAACGGAUUCUCAUCUUUUCUUCCAGAGGAAUAAAUUUCCGAACAAGACAUUUGAUGCAAGACUUAAGAAUGUUGAUGCCUCAUUCCAAAGCAGAUACUAAAAUGGAUCGUAAAGACAAGUUAUUUGUGAUUAAUGAGGUUUGUGAAAUGAAAAACUGCAAUAAAUGUAUCUAUUUUGAAGCGAAGAAGAAACAAGAUCUCUAUAUGUGGCUUUCAAAUUCACCUCAUGGACCAUCUGCUAAAUUUCUAGUUCAAAACAUUCAUACUCUCGCUGAACUAAAGAUGACUGGAAACUGUUUGAAAGGGUCUCGGCCCCUUCUGUCUUUCGACCCUGCUUUUGAUGAAUUACCCCAUUAUGCUUUGUUAAAAGAACUUUUAAUUCAGAUCUUCAGCACCCCGCGGUACCAUCCCAGAAGCCAGCCCUUUGUGGACCACGUGUUUACGUUCACUGUCUUGGAUAACAGGAUAUGGUUUCGAAACUUCCAGAUCAUAGAAGAAGAUGCUGCUCUUGUAGAAAUAGGACCUCGCUUUGUCUUAAACCUCAUAAAGAUUUUCCAGGGAAGUUUUGGAGGACCAACUUUGUAUGAGAACCCUCACUACCAGUCACCAAACAUGCACCGGCGUAUUGUAAGAUCCAUGACAGCUGCAAAAUACAAAGAGAAGCAGCAGGUUAAAGAGGUGCAGAAACUGAGAAAGAAAGAACCAAAGACGGUUCUUCCGCACGAUCCCACUGCAGAUGUUUUCAUGACGCCUGCCGAGGAGAAGCCGGUGGAGAUACAGUGGGUGAAACCGGAGCCAAAAGUCGAUCUGAACGCAAGAAAGAAAAGGGUUUAUAAAAGGCAAAGAAAAAUGAACCAGAAGAUGAACAGUCGGAAUGCAAAAUGAAUCACUGGAUAACUAAAUUUUUCAGUUAUAUUUAUUUUGUAUGCAGUGUGUAAAUAGUUUCAUUAUUCAGGACACACCUAAUUCGUGUGGCAUUUAAAGGAAAAAAAUUGAAAAUCUUGGGGCUUUAGUGCUGUUUUCUAAAUAAAGUAUCGCCAGAACUCA